AUGAAAUUUGGGGAACAAUUAGCAAGUCAUUUAACACCUGAAUGGAGAAAGCAAUAUAUUCGUUAUGAAGAACUUAAAACACUUUUGUAUGAUAUUAUGUUGGAAGCGCCGACUGAAGCAGAUGCGAGAGACCAAUAUAUUUCUCAAAUGGAUGAAACAUUUUUUGCAGAAUGUGAAAAAGAACUUGUCAAAAUUAAUUUAUUCUUCAGUCAAAAAAUAGCUGAAGCUCAAGGAAAAUAUCACGAAUUAACUGCAGAAUUGAAUACUUUUAAAGAUUCAAUCGAAUCAAGGCAAACUCCAAUUGCUCAGAGAAAAAAUGUCCGUUUACGCUUUGCUGGAGCUAAACUUUCUCUUAAUAAAUUGCAAAAAGAACAGUCAAAAACUGCACAACAGCUUAAAUUGGCUUUUAGUGAAUUCUACUUAAAUCUUGUACUUUUACAAAAUUAUCAGCAAUUAAAUGCUACCGGGUUUCGUAAAAUUUUCAAAAAACAUGACAAAUUAAUGAUGAAUGAUGCUGGAAUGGAUUGGCGAAUAAAUCGGGUUGAAAAAUCUUCGUUUUUUCUCAAUUCUGAUAUUGAAUCCUUAAUUAACAAUGUUGAAUCGACGGUCAUUAAUGAACUGGAAGGGGGUAAUAGACAGGCGGGAAUGAAAAGACUUAAGGUUCCUCCUCUAAGCGAAAAACAAAAUGCUGGAACAACAUUCUCGCUAGGCAUGUUUAUGGGUAUAUUUAUAGUUUUGGCUGUCGCAAUAAUUCUUUCAUGGUUUGGAUUGGAACAACAAGUAAAUGAACCAAAAUGGGUUGCUGUUCGUUUAUUUCGUGGCUUUUUUCUUUUUUUCCUUUCAAUGUGGCUUUGUGGACUUAACAUGUAUGGUUGGGCAGCUGCAGGUGUUAAUCAUGUUCUCAUUUUUGAAGUAGAUCCUCGCAACCAUUUAACUUAUCAAACGGUUAUGCAAAUUUCUUCUUUUAUGUUAAUGCUUUGGGCAAUGUCUGUACUUGGAUAUUUAUACGCUUCUUGGCUUCGUUUACCUCCUUUUCUCUUUCCAAUGGCUUUAAUGUUAAUUUGUGUUGCUUAUCUUUUUAACCCUUUCAAACACCCAGAACAUUUCUUCCACCGAAAUUCUCGUUUUUGGCUUCUUAAACAUUGCUUUAAUUGUUUGACGGCUCCUUUUCAUUAUGUUACAUUUUCGGAUUUCUGGCUAGGCGAUCAAAUGAAUUCUCUUGCAAUUUGUUUUCUGGAUCUCCAAUAUUUUAUUUGUUUCUAUGCAACAGAAGUUGACUUUUCUGAUGCUCAAUUCCAAGUUCGUACCCUCAACAUAACCGAAGGCCCCGUUCCCUGGGGUUAUGUUGAUAUCAAUACUGGCCAAGAUAUGUGUGUUGCUUCUUCUGGAAUUCGAUCUCUUGUAUCAGUUGUUCCAGCUCUCGUUCGUUUUUUGCAAUGUAUUCGUCGUUAUCGUGAUACUCGAACUUGGCAUCCACAUUUGGUUAAUGCUUGUAAAUAUGCAACUACUUUUUUGGUUGUUGGAAGUAAUUUAUUAAGUAAAUGGUGGUCAGAUGAUACUUCUAUUUUCUUUUAUCUUUGGGUGGCUUCUUAUAUUUUUAGCUUUACAUACACAUUUCUGUGGGACGUAUUUAUGGAUUGGGGAUUAAUUGAUCCGAGAGCACCCAAAGAAGCUCCACUUCUACGAGAAGAAAUGAUUUAUGGAAGUAAAUGGUAUUAUUAUUUUGCAAUUGCUGAAGAUUUUAUUUUACGAUUAACUUGGGUAAUGAAUGUUUCGUUAGCGGAAGCAUGGAUGUUACAAGGAGAUUUGCUUGUUUGUAUAUUGGCUCCUUUGGAAGUAAUUAGGAGAUUUAUUUGGAACUAUUUUCGAUUGGAGAAUGAGCAUGUAAACAAUUGUGGACAAUUUCGAGCAGUUAGGGAUAUUACAGUUAAACCUAUACGAAAAGGUGAUUUGGAAUCUUUACUUGCAAAAAUGGACAAUCCUGAUGGUGUUACACAUAGAGGACAAGAUUUGCGUGAAAGGGUUAAAAAACAGAAAAAAGCAGCGCGUGAAAAGAAACAAAUUUUGAAAAAGAAUAGAAUGACUAGAAUUAGUUUACCGAUUGCUCCGAAUUUCCCACAUGCACAUACACAUCCAAUUUUAGUUGAAAGUAGACAAUAA